CGAUCGAAUGUUUAAUUGAUUUUAAUGAGUUGAUGAGUUGAAGUUUUGAGUUUCUGAUUUGAUGAGUUGGAAAUGAAAGUGGAUGAAUAAAGAAUGGAUCGAUUGGUUGAUUCGGAUUCUGGACUUCAGUUUCCUUUUCUUUUGGAGUGUGACUAUGAGUUCGACUAUGAAAUUCAUUUUGAUCACAAGUACUAUGGAAUUCACUUUGACUUUGAAGAUCACCAUUAAAUUGACUCAGACUUUGAAAUUGACUUCCAAGGGUAUUCUGACUAUGAAGUUGACUUCCAAGGUUAUUCUGACUUUGAAGUUGACUUCCAAGGUUAUUCUGACUCUGAAGUUGACUUCCAAGGGUAUUCUGACUGUGACUCUGACUUUGAAUCUGACUUUGACUCUGACGGUGAUAAGCAUUUGAAAGGAUAUCUUGAUCCAAGUCUUGAUUCAAAUCCCAUCCUUGAUUGAAUAUGAUCGGUUUAACAUUCAAAGUUGAAAAUGGAUUUCUAUUCUGAUAUUGACCUGUUGCUGGAUCGUAUUCUUGAAUUGGAUUUCGAAUCGGUUGAGUUUCUUUUGGUGAUUGGUCAUCUGGAUCUUGAUUUGAUUUUAUUUUCUUGAUGAUAGGUUCGAUAGUUAGUUUGAUUUCGUGUAAGCAUUCAAUCAUCGCUCUGUGGUCAUUUCCUUCAGUUGCCGUGCUUCCAUUCAUCUUUUAAACACCAGAUAUCCGUUCGUUUGAUUUGAUAUGAUUGUUUCGUACGAAUUGUUUUGUGUUGAUGACUGUUUUGGUAAUG